AUGACCCGUGGUAAUCAAAGAGAUUUGGCUCGCGCCAAAAACCAAAAAAAACAGCAAGAGAUGCAAAAAAAAAAGAAUGCUAGUGAAAAGACUGGCAUGUCUUUACAGGAAAGGAAACACAGAGAUGCUGAGCUAAUGAGAGAAAAGCAACGAAAAAAAGAGGAACAAGUAGCUGCAAAUAUAAAUACUAACCGAAAACAAACGGCAAAUUAA